UAUGGCAAAGUAGUACGUACAACAUGUGUGCAAUGAAUGGGUAUAAAAAGCUAACUUUCUUUUAAAACUUAAUCUGAGAGAGAAUAAGGUGUUCUUUGGUUUGACAUUUGUCAUAUUUGUUAUAUGUCUUCUCAACGGAUGUACGUCGGGAGUUAGUGUUUUUAUUAAUAUUGUUUGUUGUUAUUUACGAGAUGACAAUUUUCGUCUACUAAUUUGUUCAGUGAUAAAGUAAUUAUAAUUUUUAAUUUAUGACACUUUUCUAUUAAAUCAACAAACCGUAAUGGGGAACGAUAUGAGUAAACUGAAAGGACUGGUGAUGGAUCAAAAUGCAAUUGAAGUAAAUGACUUUUGGACACUUUACAAUGCUGAAGCGCCCACGACAGUGAAUGAAGAUGGGUGGCAAUUGUUAUCCAUAUUUCAAGGCAAGUCUAUUAUGAGCGGUCAAAUAUGGUUGACUAAGGGAACGAUGGAACGCGCUAUUAAGAAUUUUAUGAUAUACCGACAUCCUUAUAUACUUAAAUAUAAUUCGACAUGGGAAGAAGGGGGACAAAAAUAUUUGGCUACUGAACGUGUGCGUCCGCUGAGUUCGGUUAUAGCAACACAAACUGAAAUUCAAGUCUGCCUGGGUCUGCGAACAAUAUUAUGUAGUUUAGUUUUUUUAGUGGAAAGGGCUAUGGCACGUCAUCUUAAUAUUUGUACAUCAUCCAUAUAUAUAACAGAUAACGGCUCAUGGCGUCUAGCAGGUUUUGAAUUUGUGUGGAAAAACAAACAGGUAACAAAGACUCUUCUUGAAUUAGUCAAUGAAUAUCGGCAUAAGUCCGCUAUAGCUCCAGACGAAACAACCGAAAAUAAUAGUGAUUUCAUUGAACAAUAUGCGUUUGCGACAAUGUGCGAGGAAUUACUUUCGAAAUGUACCAAAACUUCUAGUGCUACACCAUUUGUGGAAGAAUUUCGCGAAUAUUGCGCCGUACACCUAACUCAUGUAAAUGCCCAAAUGCGUCCGAAGUUGUCAGCCGUUUUAUUGCACCCAUUUUUUAAUCAUGAAUUUAUAUUGAUUCACUCUUUUAUGUUUGAAUUACCAGUUAAGAGUGCGCAGGAGAAACAAGAGUUCUUUACUGGUUUAAUUGAUCGAUUACGCUACUUUAAUGAGGAAGUAGUUGGAGCUCAUUUGGCUGGUGAUUUAUUAUCACGUAUGGUAUUAACUGAUCCCACUGCACAAUUGUGCGUAACACCAUAUGUGCUAAGAACGAAAACCGAUCACAGCGCUGCACUUUUUUCGAACUCAACUUAUGCUAAGCAUUUAAUACCACAUAUAUUUAAAAUGUUUCGCUUACGCGAUGCUCAAAUUCGUCUUAUUCUUCUUGAAUAUUUUACGGAAUUCGUGCGUCUUUUAACUAAAGCAGAUUUAGAAGAAUUUAUAUUACCACAUUUACUGGCUGGUAUGAAUGACGUGAACGAUGUACUUGUAGCAAAAACGUUACGUUGCUUGGCUGAUCUAGUGCCCAUACUUGGUUCGACUAAAGUAAUUGGCGGAGAACGUGCACGUCUUUUCUCUGAUGGUCGUCCGCAAGCAGCUGUGCCUGAUUCUACUACACAUUGGGUUGAACCACGUUCAAUUACUCCAGUCAUUGGUGAUAAUGAAGACUUCAUGGUAUCAAGUAGUCCACUACCCGAUAUAAUUGAUGUGGAAUGUGAUCUAAUACCAGAGUUAAUAACGUCAAAUAUUGUUUCACAGAUGCCUUUGCAACUGAAUUCUGAUAGUGGUGAUGAUAAUGAUCUCAAAAAUAUAAAUGCGUUAGACAAGUCAAACUUAUUAAAUGACUUGAAUGCAAUGGUCGAAGAAUCUUCUGCAAUCACUCUUGAAGACGAUGACGUCUGGUCCGAUUGGGACAAUGAUGAACUACAACGGUUAAAUGGUGAUAAUUUACUUAAUGGCCAUAAAUCUAUUAAUGAUGAUGCAAGUGUUGAACUAAAUGUACCCACCCUAGAAAAUCAUAAGACACUGCCUCCUUGCCCAACGGAUUUAAUAGUGCAAGGCAUGCUUCGCACUACACUAUCAAACUCUACAUUACCAACAGCAUCAUCUUUAAGCGAUUCAUUGCGCACUACGCAAUCAAAUACAUCCUCCACAUACACACGGAAACCAACGAAAAUAAAUGAUGAUUUAGAUGCAUUAGACAUUAAAAUACAAACAUCAUCAACGUCAUUGCAAGAUCAAUCAUCCGAUUUUGAUUUUUUUAAAGAUAUGGAACCUGUAAUAGAAAGUCAAAGUACCUCAUUGCUAAAUGCAGCAACCCACAUUCCUGUAAAUUCAAAAGCAAAAUCCUUACCAGUUACAGCAAAACGUGAUGAAGAAGUUGUUAUUGAUACCAGCCGCUUUGCUGCAAUCGCUGAAGUAGUAGCAGACGGUUGGCAAGAAGAUGAAUCCAAUGAUUGGGAAACCUAAUAGUGAUCAUAUUGUUUGUUAUACAAUGAACGACUUUAACGCCUUCAAUGGAAUUUUUUGUAUUCCAGAAAAAAAAUCGUAUUUAAGCAUUUCUAUUAUAUAAGUAGAAAAAUUA